UUCGUCCGCCUAGGCAAGCCCCGCACGCCCCUGGUCAACAGCCAGGCCAAGUUUAGGAACCAACUGUCCAGCAAUGCCUCGCAGUUAAAUUUCAGCUUUCCAACGGCAGCUCAACUUAUGCGCAAAAAUAGUAGUAGCCAAUUGCGGCAAACUAAAUUAACAGUCUGUGAGAAGGACAACAAACUAAAGUACGAUGGAUUUGUCGAGGAAGUGCCCAAAAUCCGGCCUAAACACGAAUUUGUCUACGUUCCAACUCCACAAACCCUGGACAAAUCUAUUCGCAACGUUUCAGUCAAAAAGGAAGAACCAAAAGGGUUUCCAAGCUCUCCAAUGUCCAAGCCAGGACGAAACCUAAUUAGCUUAGUUGGUCGUGUAGACUUCUGUCUUAAGACCCAUAAAACGUAUCCGGACAUUAACGCCUUAUGGAAUGUUUACGGUCAACUGUUGCGCAUUAUUGUAGGAAAACGAGAAGAGCACACUUUGCUUGUGCGAAACGAAGGUUCAGGACCCAUUCUGCAGGGAAUUUAUUACGACUUCGAAGGGAUUUUAAAAACCUUUAGUCCAGGCUGCUUUGUUCAUCUUGUGGGACGUUUCAUCGGCGACAAUCGGUUGCAAACAUUCGCAAUCACCCAGGUAACCAAUAUAAACUGGCAGCAACAAUUUAUGCGCAUUGAAAAUGUGACGACAUAUACUCUGAUGCAAAACAAUGUGCAUAAGUAA